AUGUCGCAGCAACCCAAUGGCUUCAAGGCAGGCUUCAAGACAGGCUUCAAGGCAGGCUUCAAGACAGGCUUCAAGACAGGCUUCACCGUCACGGCCAAUCCCCUUAUCGAAACGCCAGAGACCCAGGCCGAGACCGCUGCCAGCGUCCAUCUCGGCCUCCUGGCGGGGCUCCUAGCUGCCACUCCGUCCCAGACAGCAGCGUCAAUCGCAGACAACUGUAUCCUCCUGUAUACCCGAUAUGUUUUCGGAUCAACCCCCGUCUGUCAUGAGGCCACAGUCCGUGCGACCGUUCACCGUUUCUUCAUCUCUCUCUCAGAUGGGGACAGUCCUGCAGACGACUACGACCGCGUCUUGCGCUGCUUUGCCGCUGACACGGAGCGGGAGCGGAUCGAGGUGCUCAGGAGCAUUGCACUUCUCACAGCCCUAUGCGCAGCCGUGACAUACGUCGUCCCCGAGUCUCUUCUGCCCAGCAAGUACCUCACUGCCCCUCUAUUCCUCCGAGCGGCGCGAGACACGCUGAGGAUCUAUGAGGAUUACGAUCUCGAGCACCCCAACUCGUCAUCCCUCAGCAUCCGGCUAUUUCUGUCGUCGGCCAUACAGACUGCUUCAGGGACGCAUGGAGUUGCCUUUCAUAUCUUGAGCGAAGCGGGUCUCAUCGCGAUGAGGAUGGGCCUGUACCAUGAGAGCGCACUCGAGGGACGAGACGCGCUUGAGGAGACACUCCUACGGAACGCCUUUUGGCAGCUGUACGUCUGCGACAAGACAGCCUUGGUAAUGAAGGUCCGUCCGGUGACGAUCCACGAGACUCUAUUUGAGGGGGGACUUACCAUAAAGGCACAUUCGUCAAGACCUGUGCCACUCUUCGACCCUGGAGGGGAGUCAAACGAUGCCGGGUUAGAAGACCGUCUUGCCGAGGGGUUCCACGUCAUUUGUCGGCUGUGGUCCAUGGCCGCCCGGGUCAUCCAAGGCAUGGAAUCUCUCUCUAGGAAGGCGUCGGACGCAUUCAACGACAUGGUAGCCAGUCGUGAGAGCGUCACGCAAUUGUCGGAAGCAUACUUUGAGAUGAUCACUCUGACCAACAACCUCCCAGUCUUGUUCCGAUCACCCACCGAAUCAUCCCCCGACAUGAAUCAGGACGCAGACAAGUACUUGUUUCAGGUCUUGCAGCGGCAACGGACCAGCUAUCUCAUCACCCUUCACAUAAUAAAGGUUUUAGUACUACACUCAGCCAUCCAGUGCAAAACGACCGAGGUUAUCGGCCUUAGCGCGGACCCCCUGACUCUGGCCAUGAGGCAGAUAGAACAAGCCCAGGAUUUCCUAAAUGCGCUCGAGAGCGUCCCUUUUCUACAUCUCCAGGCCGAGGGAGAGCAUUGCGUAAGUGGACCCGAGGAGGCUCAUUGCACCAACACGCGCUUACACGAGGUGGUGGGUCUUAGGUUGAGAAGAUCAGAAGAGUCGGGAGCCUUCUGCUUGAACUGGCUCACAAUACAGAGAGUCAUGUCGUCAAGUCCCAGGCGAAUCAAUGUGCCAUGCGCUUGA